UCUGUCCAUGCGGGCGUCUGUCCGGCUCAGUAUGCAUGUAGCAGGGAGGUCGGUGUGUCGCAGUUUGCGGCCAUGACUUCCUUGGCGAACUUCGAUGAGAACAACCCCCGUGCCUCAAUCAGCUCUCCUCGAUCCCUGCAAGCAUGCAAGCAGGAGGGUGUCCUCCCGCAAGAGCUGAUCUUCAAACCGAUGGAGGCCUUCCAGGAGAAGAACCUCUCUCCUCGCUUGGUGAAGCUCCGGUACGACUUCUUCGAGGCCAAGCGCCGCGACCUCCUCGCGGCCGCGCGGCGCGCACGCGACGCGCUGCUGGCGGACGAGAAGCGUGAGAAGGAGAGCAAUGAUCAGGCGCUGGCCCUGGUGGCCAAGGAGAGUGGCUUGUCCAAGGGCGCCGUCUUGGCGCUCAACAGCGAUACCCUAAAGAUGGAGCGCCAGAAGCUCUUGAGAGCUCAGGAAACGGAAAGGAACUGGCUGAAGAAUGCGCUGCAGUGUGAGCUGAAUCAAUUGAAGCAACUCGAAUCUGCCAAUCAAUUCCUCUCCGAAGAGUCCAAGAAUCAGGAAGAUGCCCUGAGAGAGCACUCCAGGAAGAUGAAGGAGCUGAACGACAAGCGGGCCGCAGAAGAAGAGCGGAAGCAGCUGGAGAUGGAAGCGAGACAGAAGCUGGAGAAGCAGCUGGCCAAAGAAGAGUUUCACAAGCAGCAGCUUGAAAUCAAGAAGCAGCAGAAAUUGGACGCCUUGAAGCAGAAGGAGGCGUACGAGCGGCAGGUGAAGGAGGCCGAGCGGAAGAAGGAGAUGGAGCGAGAGAAAGCGGAGAAGCGAGAACAGGAGUAUCGGGAGCUUCAGGCACGCAAGGAUGAGAUGAAAGCUCAGGACCAACGGCGGACAGAUAUCAUGGCCCAGAAGCAAGAGCAGUUCCAGGAAUACCUGCGAGAGAGGAAAGAGCAGCGAGACAUGCGCAUCUACAAUAGCAUUCUGGCCAACCAGGAGUUGGAGCAAAAGCGUCGGGAUGACUUUGAGAAGAAGCAGCAAGAGGACUUCGCCCGUGAGGAGCGGCUACUACAGGUACAGGCCAAGCGUUCAGAGGAGACGGCCAAGAAGCAGUUCCGUACCCUCAUGAAGCGACAGAUGAUCAAGGAGGAAGCCAUCCGCAAGGCGGAGGAGCGAAGGACGGCGAUCUUGGAUCAACAGGAGGAGACGGAGUACCGACUCAUGGAACACGAAGCCAAGAAGGAGAGAUACUUGGACUUCAAGCGCGAGUUGGACGGCCUGCGUUCCAAGAACAAGGAGAUCAACGUGGAACGCCAGAGGCGCCGGGAGGAGCACGAGCGCGAGACCAUUGCGGACGCCGUGAAGAAGAAGGACGAACCAGCGCGAUGCCGCCGCGACCCGAACUCGGGGGCGAAACGGGGGGCCUGUUGGACGUCCACCACCGAGCUACUCAGCUACGAAACGGGAAGGUGGAAUGCGAGGUGUGAUGGUGGGUGGUAG